UGGGUGGAGCACUUGCUAACAACAAACAGGGAGGCUAGUAUCCACUUGUCCACUGUCCCCGCCGUGUUUUGUCCGCCGGAGGACUUAAGAAGACAUGGCUCUGCCGCCCCAGCUAAAAGCCCUCCAGCACCAUAUGCGGACCGCUCAGGAGCACGAGACCCGGGACCCGGUGGUCGCCUACUACUGUCGGCUGUAUGCCAUGCAGACCGGCAUGAAGCUGGACAGUAAAUCGCCAGAGUGCCGAAAGUUCCUCAUCAAGCUCAUGGACCAGCUGGAGACGAUGAAGAAGGAGCUGGGUGACAAUGACUCCAUCAGUCAGGAGGUGGUUGGAAACGCCCACAUUGAGAACUACGCCUUAAAGAUGUUCCUGUACGCCGACAACGAGGACCGAUCAGGACGCUUCCACAAGAACAUGAUAAAGUCGUUCUACACAGCCAGCCUGCUGCUGGACGUGCUGUCCGUUUUUGGGGAGCUGUCAGAGGAGAACGUCCAGCACAGGAAGUACGCCCGCUGGAAGGCAACCUACAUCCACAACUGUCUGAAGAACGGAGAGACGCCGCAGGCCGGGCCCAUCGCCAUGGACCAGGACGGGGAAGCAGGUGAAUUUGGAGCUGAAGGUGUCUCAGGUCAGGGUCUCUCUCACGGAGGCUCCUUCAGGGCAGAACCUUCUUCGGGGUCCUUUGAGAACCAGGACCAGAGUUUGGGUCCGGGUCCCGCCCCAGGAAUCGGCUUCACUCCGGGUCCAGGACCGGGGCCGUCGGGUCCCCCCACCACCAACUACAACAACAUCCACGUCCCUCCAGGCGCCCACGCUCCGGCCAACACCCCUGCCGAGCUGCUCCCCCCCACAGCAGAACCAGUGAAACCAGUGCCUGUUCCCAGAUCCAUGCCCACUGUGGACCCCACACUGCUCAACGCCCAGCAGCAGGGCGGCGUCCACCUGUCCCCGGAGGACUUCGCCAAGGCCCAGAAGUACUGCAAGUACGCCGGCAGCGCCCUGCAGUACGAGGACGUCGCCACGGCGAUCCAGAACCUCCAGAGGGCCCUGACGCUCCUCACCACCGGGAAAGAAUGAAGCCUUUGUCCUCCUCCCUCCUUCCCUCCCUCCUUCUCUCCUUCCCUCCAUCCUCCCUCCUUUCCUCUUUCCCUCCUUCCUUCCUCCUUCCCUCCUCCUCCCUCCCUCCCUCCUUCCCUCCCUCCUCUCCACAGUAUUGCUGCCACUCCAUCUAUCACUGAUCGGACCCACACAGAGCUGAACACACACACACACACACACACACACACACACACACACACACACACACACACACACACACACACACACACACACACACACACACACACACACAGUGAGUCCGGCCUGUGAGUCUCAGGAUCAGAGGACAUGAUGGACAUCAGUCUGCAACAAUGGCUGCCCGCGUGUCUCGCUGAUGGAAAGAUCAAAGCUGAUUGGCUGAUUAUUAAUAAUCGGAGAUCAAAGCUGAUUGGCUGAUUAUUAAUAAUCGGAGAUCAAAGCUGAUUGGGAUUAUUAAUAAUCGGAGA